GAAUAAUUUUGUAAAAUUGUAGUAUAAAUUGAAAAUUUGCAUGUUAUUCACAACCGAAAAAACACCGACAAAAGAGCACAAAUGCCGAUCUGUAGCUCUUCUUCAUCUUCUUCCUUUAGCUCCACAAAAUCAUGGAUCCUUCACGGCUUAGCCGUCGGAGCAGCAGUAGCCGUAGCUCUUGGCGCUCACGCUUACCUUGGCCGAUCCGGCAAGUUUCGGAGCCGGGUCAUAGGUAUUAUACCCGCCCGUUUUGCUUCUACUCGGUUUCAAGGGAAACCGCUCGUUCAGAUCCUCGGCAAGCCUAUGAUCCAGAGAACAUGGGAAAGGGCAAAGCUUGCUGAGACAUUGGAUCAAGUUGUUGUGGCAACAGAUGAUGAAAAGAUAGCUGAGUGCUGUCGUGGUUUUGGCGCUGAAGUGAUAAUGACUUCUGAAUCAUGUAGAAAUGGAACCGAGCGUUGUAAUGAAGCUCUUCAAAAGCUUGAUAAGAAGUAUGACAUUGUUGUUAAUAUACAAGGAGAUGAACCUCUUAUUGAACCUGAAAUAAUAGAUGGCAUCGUCAAAGCCCUACAGGCUGCACCAGAUGCGGUCUUUAGCACUGCUGUGACAUCUUUGAAACCUGAGGAUGCAUUUGAUCCAAAUCGCGUUAAAUGUGUGGUUGACAAUCGUGGUUAUGCAAUAUAUUUUUCGCGAGGGCUCAUCCCUUAUAACAAGUCAGGCAAGGUUAAUCCUCAGUUUCCUUACUUGCUGCACCUCGGGAUCCAGAGUUAUGAUACGAAGUUCCUGAAAAUAUAUCCAGAGCUGACACCAACACCAUUGCAACUAGAAGAAGAUCUUGAGCAGCUAAAAGUCCUUGAAAAUGGAUACAAAAUGAAGGUGAUAAAAGUUGACCACGAAGCUCACGGUGUUGACACCCCGGAAGAUGUCGAGAAGAUAGAGCAGUUCAUGCGUGUGAGAAACAUGGCUUAGAGCAAAAUGAGUUAUUUUGAUGACUUACAUAUGAGUCCUACAGCUAUAAAUGUGGUGUUCUUUGGUUUCAAUUUCCGCUUUGAUUAGUACGUCAAUUAUCUCUCAGCGUUAACUUUUGUGAAGAAAAAAGAAAUAGGAACUGAACUUGCUGUAUAAACCCUGCAAAUAGUUCAUACUGUAGAGUUGUUUGAAGUGUGUGUUUCACUUAGGUAUUCAUUUGUUGUAGCAAGGUUGUGUAUUCACAUUUUCUUUCAUAUUUUACAGUUAAUUAAUGUGUAUUUAUUAA